AUGUCAUACAAGAGCGAGGACGAGGCGCACGUCGCCUUUGAGCUCGUCUCGAUGCGCAACGGGCGAUCCAGCAUCUCCUUCGACAACUCACCCGCUCCUCCAUCCACUUCCACCCUCCCAGCACCAUCGCCGCGCACAACAGCAGUCUCCUCCGGCUCUCCUGCAACAUCACAGAAGAAGCGCUCGAAAUCCAGCUCGGACUCCAAAGCGUCCUCAACAGCAGCCGCCUCGAAAGUCAGCAAGGCGGACGAUGCUGCAAGCCCACCCGAAUCAAAGGGCAAAAAGCGCAGAAGAGUCGUCGUAGCUUGCGACACCUGUCGUCGCAAGAAGAUCAAGUGCGAAGGUCUUCCCAACCCAAACAACACCUGUAACAAUUGCACUGCCUACAACUAUCGUUGCACCUUCAGCAGCGAUGCCGACAGGUCCAGAGGCAAAUACGAGAUCCUCGAAAGCAAAGUCGAAACUCUCCUCAGCGCACUUCGCUCCGUAGCUCCGCAUAUAGCUCAGCAGUUCGAUCGUGGCGAGCUCAAUGUCACAGGCCCAAGUGGGUCCAGUGCACCACCACAGAACGCCAAUCCAUGGCAGUCUCUCGAGUCGCACGACCACUCUGGCAACGGCAAGAAUGACGACGACGAAGAUGACGAGCUCGCAGUAAACGACGGACACCGUGAAGCGAGCCGAUCUCGUCACGACCACGAGCUGCCCUCUCGCUCUGCCAGCGUCCGAUUCGCUCACGAUGGCCAUGACGCCGACGACGCGGAUGCAGCAGGCGACGGAAAUGGCAAUGCCGGCAGUUCCGCAGAGGCAUCCAAACGCGAAGAUAGGGAAGCUCUUCUGCCGGAUGUCGAAGAUGGUCGACCGCGCUACUUCGGUCGCUCCUCCGCAAUGACGCUCUUCAACACCAUCGGAGACGAGAGUCGUCCACCCAGUCCUGGAGCUGGAGCACAACGCUCUUCCGACAAUCUCAGUCACCAUGCUGGCAUCAGCUACGAGACACAUCGUCACCUCGGCACCCGUCACGCCAAAGCCAACUCGUCCAUGCCCUCCGCUGGAGCCAUCGGGCACAACAGCGGAGACAAAGCCUCGUCUGCAUCGGCGCCUCGCCCUCUCUAUCCCACCAAUUCGAAGGAGUGGAUCCAGCUGCUUCGUCGCAAGAACACCGUCGCCGUUGGUCGAGACGAUGCUGCGACCGAAGAAUGGUUCGAACGCUACACGCUCCCGGAUCGCGAUUUGAUCAAAGACCUGCUCGACGUCUUCUUCCAGCAGCUGCAUCCUCUCAUGCCCAUCGUCCAUCGCCCGUCUCUGGAACGGGACCUGGCCACGGGCCGCGCCGACAAGGACUCUGCAUUCAGAGGCUUUGUCUUUACCAUCCUCGCCAUCGCCUCACGCUUUUCGAACGAUCCGCGCGUGCUCGCGGACUCCGGCGACCCUGACACCGCAGGCGACCACUUUGCCGCCGCCAGUCGCCUCUACCACCAAGUGUACGCAGCAAGUCUGAUCAACGUUCAGGUCAUGAUCUUGACCGCAACUUUCAUGCAUGGUGCUAUCGGCCCCGGUGCCAGCUGGACUGUGCUCGGAGUUGCCAUUCGUGCGCUGCAGGAUAUCGGUCUGCACCAGGAGAAGGCAUACAGAGGCUUUUCGCCCUACGAGCAAGAGCUGCGAAGGCGAGUCUUCUGGGGUGCAUUCAUUCUGGAUUGCAUCUUCUCCAUCAACAUGGGUCGUCCAUUGGCGCUCAAGCUCUCGGACUGCGACGUCAAAGUGCCCCUCGAGAUUGACGACGACGUUCUCUUCAAGUACGAGUCCGGCGGACCCAUUCCGCCGCCUGCUCCGCGUUCGGCUUCGGACAAACCCAUCGUCAUGAGCGGCUUCGUGCACAUGAUCAAGCUCAACGUCAUCGUGCAAGAUGUUGUGCAUGUCCUCUACACGCCACGCUGGCGUCAAGACGGCAGCGGACGCGGCAAGCUUCCCGGCAACGCCAAGCAAAGAGCCAUGCCCGAGUAUAAGGAUAUGGUCAUCCUGUCCAAGCGGCUCGAAGAAUGGGUCGCCGAGACUCCAAGCCAUCUGCGCUCGAUCGAGAGCCCAUUCCGUCUUCAGGCAGGAUUGGUGCAAUGCGGCACGCACGACAUCCGUCUCUACAUCCUCAAGCCUUUCCUCGAGCACAGCGCCUUGCGCAAGAUGCUUCACCCGCAAUGCGUCUUCCACGCCCGCGAAUGCUUGCGCGUCGUCAUUGCACUGCACGAGGGCGACCACAUGAGCGAUCUUGUCUUCAUCUUCCAGCAGGCCUUCAUGAGCACGGCGACGUUCAUGAUUACCGUUUGGCACGAAUGCCGCGAGGUGGACAAGUUGGCCGAAGACAAUGAUCUGGUCGAAUCGACGCUGCGCAUCUUUGCCGCCUUUGACGAUCGCUACUUUUCGCGUCUCUUCCGUCGAGCACAUCGCAUCCUGCGCGACAUUGCGCUGCGGUCCAUGCAUACCAUGACUUCGGAUCAGCGCGAGAGGGUCAGUCGCAUGCUGGUACGCGCCGAUCUCCGCAUGUCGGGCGUGGUUCCUUCGACCAUGACGGGCAUGAAGUCCGCUUCUGGCAUGAUGCAGCCUCGUGCAGAUCCGACCUUGCCACCUUCAGCGAGGAUGGCCGCACGAAACGAGAGGCUGGACAGAAGAGUCAGUGGACAGUAUGGAGACUCAGGAGGUGCAGCAAGCGGAGGACACCUGUCGAACGAUCCCAUCUCGGCAGCUUCAUACAUCCACAGCUGGUCGCCGAUUCCGAGCGCGCCCAUGUCUCCCAGUCGCAACUCGAUCAGCGAAGGCAGCAAUGUGAGCGAGACGCAGAUCACCUCGGCGGCCUUUGGACAAUUUGUGACCAGCGGCGCAGCCGGUCAUGCUCCUGGAGGGGUCUAUAGCAGCGGCAACGGAAGCAACCAUCCAGCUGGCAUGCGUCCGAUGGACGGUGCCCCGUCCCCUCGAGCGAAUCUUGCCACGGGGAUGGAUGCAACGAUGGACCGGAUGACCACAAUCCAUCCGGCCUCGUUCGGGGAUGCGCGCGGUAUCAUGCCAUUGUACACGGAUGAUCCCGGCUCUGCGCAGCAUCAGCUGGAGGACCUCUCGUGGACCGACUACUUUUCAAAGUUCCUGGAUGACAUCGGAGGCGCAAACGCAUCCAUGGCGUCCAAUACGCCGGGCGGUGCAGGGAACGCCAUGGGCUCCUAUGCGCAUCACUCGCAAGCACAGAUGCCCAACAUGAUGGGCGUCACCACUCCGCAGGCUGCUUCGUCAGGCAACUUUGACGAGAUGCAAUUUGCCAUGGGCCCAUCACCUGUCACGCCGUCCGCCUACGGACAACACGGACAGUCACCUCGUCGUCCGCCUUCUUACCAGUAG